AAUGAUAUAGUGCAAGGUAAAAAAAAAAUGGAGGGGAAGAAAAGACAAAUAUUUCAGAAUAUAUUGCACAACACCACCACUUGCUUCUUUUCUACUUUACACACUGGAGCAGAUAGGCAGAUCCGAUAUCAGAACUGAUUAUUCUGACCUCUUUCGCCCUCCCUACUGCUAUAAAUACUCUGCCCAUUAGCCUCUUCUCAUUCUCAAAUUGAAUACUACCUGACUUCUUCGUGUGAGCUUUCAGGAUAUGCAUGUCUGAUCUCAUUCUUAUAGUAUUGCAUUAGAUCCUUACUGGUCUUUCUCGUCGGGUUUUUCUCACGCUUUAGAGUCCAACUCUAUCAAAGAUAGGUUGAUCACCAUGAACAUCCCCAGGGUAAUGAGCAGAAAUGUAACACAACCCCAGAUCAAUAGUCCUUCCAGCGGUCGAAAAUUGAAUCCGAUCAAGCUUCCACGGCAGAAAGAGAAGGUAGUGGUGGUCAUGGGAGCCACCGGCACCGGAAAGUCCAGGCUCUCCAUCGACCUCGCCACCGUUUUUCAUGCACAGAUCAUCAACUCCGACAAAAUGCAAGUCUACGAAGGCCUCGACAUAGUCACCAACAAAAUCACCAAGGAAGACCGGCGAGGGGUGCCUCACCAUUUGUUAGGAACAGAGAGCCCCUACUCAGAGUUUACAGCCUCCCAUUUCCGUGACGCGGCUUUACUUGCCAUCGAGUCAAUUACGUCUUGCGGACAGCUUCCGAUCAUCGUAGGAGGAUCCAACUCGUAUAUUGAGGCACUAAUCGACGACUAUGACUACAAAUUCCGAUCUAGGUAUGAUUUCUGUUGUCUCUCUGUAGAUGUGUCAAUGCCCGUACUCGAUCAAUAUGUGGCCAAACGGGUUGAUCAGAUGUUGGAGAAUGGAAUGGUGGAUGAGCUGAGACCACUUUUCAAUCCAAAGGGCGACUACUCGCGAGGGAUUAGAAAAGCUAUUGGAGUUCCUGAGUUCGAUCAGUAUUUUCGAAAGGAAUCGUUUAUCAUGGAUGAAGGAAUCAAGCAAAGGUUAGUGGAGGAAGCGGUGAAUGAAAUGAAGAAGAACACGUACAAAUUGGCACGUAAACAAUUGGGGAAGAUUCACAGGCUGCACAACGUGAAGAGAUGGAAAAUUCAACGGCUAAACGCGACAACCGUGUUCUGCAAGCAUGGGGAAGAAGCAGAGGAGGCGUGGAAGAAAAAGGUGGCAGAGCCGAGUGCGAGGAUGGUCGCCAGGUUUCUUUUCGAUUUUCCCUCUGCGAACGUUGGCGCUGGCCUUAGACUAUGCUCACCAUCGGCCCUGAGAAGCGCCAUGGCGACGGCAACGUGCGACGGCUACGUGCUGACUGCUGGAUACCCACGUCUCUCCAUCUUCUGAGUUUAUCCUAUCUGCUGCGGUUACGAUUUACAAUUCACCCACCCAUGUUAAUAUUUAUUCUGUACUUUUUUGACUAGCGAUAAUAUUUAAUAUGUACAAUUGCCAAUGGAAACUUUUUCAUAAAUAAUUAUCAGCAAAAUUAAGCUGUAA